AAAAAAAGAAAGAAAAGAAGAAAAAAAAAAACAAAACAAUAACAGAAAAAGAAAAAAAAAAGAAAAAAAAAGAAGGAAAAAAAAUGAAAAAAAAAACUUUUCAUGAUGUGCUAUUUUUAUAUUCAUAUGGGGUAGAAUUUUUUGUUAGUGAUAAUCUUUAUUAUAGCGAUAUUGAGAUUUUAUUGCAUAUCAUUAUUGUAUUUUCAUUGAAAGGCUAUAGUAGAGAUUGUCCACAUGUUUAUUGGAUUUGUAGCUUGGUGCUUUGACAUGUUGUGCCAUUUUUAUUCAUUUGUGAUAGAAUUUUUGUGAGUGACAAUUUUUACUUUAGCGAUAUUAUGGUAUUAUUGCAUAUCAAGUGUAGAUUUUUAGUGUGAAAUGCUAGAGUAGGAGUUGUUCAUAUUUUUAUUGUAUUGGUGAAAGGUGAUAGAAUUUUUUGUGAGUAACAAUCUUUAUGGUAGCAAAAUUUGGAUUUUAUUGUAGAUCAUGAGUGGACAUUUAUUGAAAAGCUAUUGUAGAGAUUGUUCAAAUUUUUAUUGAGUUUUUAGAGCUAGCUUGGAAGUUAGAUGAGAUACUUUUUUGGGCAUUGUUCUAUUGAACUCAUCUAUGCAACAUUCCAUUAUGUCCAUGUCUUCCACCAAUAACUUGUUUUAUCUUCUUCACUUCUUCUCUUAUACUAUCAUUUGCUUGAUUCAUGUUUCCCUUAUGUUUCAAAUAAUGCCUUCAUUAUUUUAUUGUGCACUCUUAUGUAUGUAGUGGUGGAGAUUAGAAGAACAUCAAGCUUAUGGUAGUGCAUUUAUCAUGAGUAGCUUGAGUGAGCUCCACUAUUGCAUGUAUUGAGAGGAGAGCCACAAUCACUCGCUUUAGAGGGGAGUAAUUUGGGCCGUUGAUCGGGAUCAAAUAAUCCAAGGGCUCAUGUUAUUCUAAGUUGAAUCAAGAAGAGCCAAAUCCAAUCAAACCCAAUCCAAAAGCUUCAAUUCAAACCCAAUCUUAAAGCCCACUUUUAAAAGCCCAAUUCCACUCAUCUUAUUGGAUCCGGAUCUUCUCAUUAAUCCAAACCCAAAAUCCCAUUCCUUCCCAAACCCGAUCCACUAAGAAACUUCCCUUACCUCACGCACGGCACAGAAUCUCUCUUGGCUCGCGUUUUCCUCUUCCAGCGGCGGCUAGGGCACGCAGCCACCUCCCCUUCUUUCUUCUCUCCGGCCGGCGGCUUCUCCUCUUUCCUUCCUUGCCGCCGGCCGGUCCUCCACAUCCUUUCCCUCUUCCUAGCGUCUGCAUUGGCUAGGGCACGCGAGUCCGACACCCUUUCCUCUUUCUCCCAAUCGAAGACAACGAAGCCGACGGCGGCGAUUCCAGCGGAUCUGUAGCAGCGACGGUCAUUGAGCAUCACCGAAGAGGUUUCUCCGACGAGGUUCUCCAUCCCCUCGCAUUUCCUUCGAGUGAGUAUCUGCCCGACACGGUGAAGAAGGCAGAGACUUACCGACGGUGGCGAGUUCUGGGUUCUUCUCCGGCAUCUCUCCAUUCUCUGCUCCUUUGUAUCCCACAUCCAUCUUGCAUUCCAGUCGGGAUCUCUGCUGGACACGGUGGAGAAAGCAGUGGCAUCUCAACAAGGAUUCGAGUUUGGGUCUUUCCGAGCAUUCGUCACGUUCCUUGAUUUCCAGCCAGAGCUCCAAGCUUCACUGCCUGAAACGGUGAAGAAGGCAGCGAUUUAGGGUUCCAUCAGCAAAUAUUUCCCCUUCGCCGGAGAAUUUCCAGCCGGACUUCUUCCAAGCUCUGGUACCACACAAUUCAUAUCUGCCAGGCACGGUGAAGAAGGCAGCGUAGGGUUGACAGUCCUUGGAAGAUUUCCUUCAUUCAGCAGAUUUCUUCCGGAGAGGUGUCUUCAAGGAUUUUACGCUUCCACCGCCGUUGAUUGCAGUUCCGACCAGUAACGUCAGCUGUCCACCGGAUCCAGGAGUUUUCCGAGUGACAGCGGUCUUCUUCCUCGGUGAUUCUGUAGUGACAGACAGAAUACUUUAUUGUGUUUGAUUGUGGAGAAGUGGAUUGGUUAAUUAGGAUUUAUUUGUUGUUCUUUGUUUCAUUUUAUAGUUAAGUUCUUAUGCUUGUUUAAUGUGUAGUUGUUAGUUUAAUUUCGUGUUCGAUCUUCUUAUGAUGCAUGUUAAUUAGUUUUGGUACUUUGUUUAGUUCAUUAUGUAUGAUUGUUGAUCUUGUAUCAUAGCGUGACAAUAUGAUAUAAGUUUAGCUUUUAUGCAUAAUUAGGUUUCGUAUAAUUGUCUUUGAGUAUUGUUUUCUUUAUUAAUGUUUCUUGGAUCCUCAUAGUGUAGAGUGACACUGCAUUAUGAGUUUAUAUUUGUCGUUUAGUUAGGAUUUCUUUAUUUGCAUUAGGUGUAGAAAUUCCAAAACAAAACCUCAUUGUUCGAUUUUGUCUGAGAGCAAACGUCCUAUCAUUGUUUCCACGUGAGAGACGACCCGGUCCUCUACUAUACUAUCUUAGUGUAGGUUAAGGGGUUCGGUCGAGUAUAAAUGAAUUAAUUUGAUUUACGAGUGUGACAGAUUUGAUGAGGAUUUGAUGAGGAUUUGAUGAGGAUUUAGUGUAGGUUAAGGGGUUUGUUUAAUAUAAAUUUAUGGCCAGAGUGGAUUUGAUGAGGAUGUCAUCCACAUAAACUUCUAUAUUUUGCCCUAUUUGAUCCCGGAAGAUUUUAUCCAUCAUCCUUGGGUAGGUAGCUCCCGCAUUCCUCAAUCCAAAAGGCAUGACAGUAUAAUAGAAGGUAUCAUCUGCCAUGAUGAAGCUAACCUUCUCCUGAUUAUCCUGCGCCAAAGGGAUCUGGUGGUAUCCCUGGUAAGUGUCGAGCAUGCAAAUCCUUUCGCAUCCUGAAGUUGAGCCCACCAUCUCGUCGAUCUUGGGUAGUGGGUAGCAAUCCUCAGGGAUGGCGCGGUUGAGAUCUCGGAAGUCGAUGCAGACUCUCCACUUAUUGUUAGGUUUAGCUACUAGGACCACAUUAGAGAGCCAGGACAGAAAUUGUACCUCUCUAAUAUGACCUGCUUUCCUGAGCUGGUCCACCUUAGCUCGGAUGAUCUUAUUUUGCUCGGCCGAGAAGUUCCUCUUCUUCUGCUUGACCGGUCAAGAAUCAGGCAGAAGGUGUAAUCUGUGCUCAGCCACCUCGGGCUUGACCCUAUGUAGUUCUUCGGGGGACCAAGUGAAAAUGUCUCUAUUGCGAGUCAAGCACUAGACCAGGUCCAUUUUGACUUCGAUAGGCUGGUUGCUUGAUAUGCGGGUGAGGCUUUCCGAGCGAUCAGGAUAGAGCUGGACCUCCUCCCAAGGGAUAGACUCCUCUGCUAUAGGCAAAGGCUCCUCUUGAAUGACGUGGAUCUUGCCAUCCUAGGUUCGUUGAGCCUUGCGAGCCUCCACCUUUACCAUGUCAAUGUAACACCUAUGAGAGACCAAUUGCUCACCUCUAACUUCCCCAACCUGGUCUCCCACAGGGAAUUUGAUCUUCUGAUGAAAAGUGGAGACUACCGCCCGAAACUCAUGUAGUGUUGGUCUCCCUAGAAUGACAUUGUAUCAGGACGGAGAAUCCACCACGAUGAAGGUGCUCCUCCGCGUCCUCACCAAGGGCUCGCUACCCAAAUAUAUGGCUAGCUUAAUCUGGUCCAUGGGUCAUACUUCAUUGCCGGUGAAGCCAUACAAUGAAGUAGUCACAAACUGGAGUUUACUGGCGUCGAUUUGUAUGCCCUUGAAUGCACUCUUGAAUAACAUGUUGACAGAGCUUCCAAUAUCAAUGAAAACUCUAGCCACGCGACUGUUGGUGAUGACGACUUUGAUUAUUAGGGCAUCAUCAUGAGGAAGCUCCAGCCCCUCCAGGUGUUGCGGCCCAAAGUUGAUGAUGGACCCUGCAGCUUGCUCCUGACUGCAUCCUAUAGCGUGUAUCUCCAGGCGCUGUUCAUGAGACUUCUGAGCCCUAGCGGAGUCUCUAUUUGUGGGUCCUCCGGAGAUCAUACUAAUCUUGCAGAUGUCCGCAUUUCCCCUGUUCUCCUCUUCCGGGCUUUCCUUGACUCCUGGUUGCGACCGAGCUGCUGAUUUCCUUGUCCCACAUUAUCGAGCAAGGGUCUACCAGACUGACCUGCCAUGGGCUGUUGUUCGGCCAGCCUAGGAUCCUGACCGGGAGGGAAGGGUGGUCGAGCAUCCAUGGCAGAUGGAAGAGGUUGAGCUGGUGGUUGGGGUUACCUCUUCUCUGGCUUGUUGGCGGGAGUAUAUGCCUUGUCUGCCUUUCGCCGAGCCGCCUGAGUCUCCUCCACGUUGAUAUAGCUAGCGGCCUUCCCAAGCAUCUCGUCGAAGUUCUUCACGGGGUCUCGAGUCAGAUCUUGGAAGAACUCCCCCUCUAUUAAUCCAUCAGAGAAGUCGCUCAUCAAUAUUUCAGAGGUAGCAGAUGAGAAGUCCUGGGUCGUCUGGUUAAAGCGCUUGAUAUAACUUCGUAAGGGCUCGGCCUACCCUUGCUUAAGAGUGAAGAGACAAUGGUAUGUCUUCUGGUACUUCUUGCUGCUGGCGAAGAGGCACAAGAAGACAAUCUUAAAAUAAUGAAAACAGGUGAUGGACCCAUUCGGCAAUCCAUCGAAUCAUUUCUGUACCGAGCUAGAUAGAGUAUUUAAGAACACUCGGCACUUAAUAGCGUCGCUGUAUUGAUGUAACAGCGCAGUGUUCCAGAACUUGCAGAGAUGAUCCUCCGGAUCCUUACUAUCAUCUUACUCUCCAAUGGUCGGGGGCUUGUACCCCUUCGGUAGCUUCUUCUUCUCUAGUACCCUUAGAGAGAAGGGCACUUGCUCAUCGGGUUCCCCUCGGGACUCCUCUCUGAGGACUAUAGCUUUCCCCUUCUUUGAGUCCCUGGGAGGGGAGCUUUCCACCAUAGAGGCCUGAGGUUGCUCCUUCUUAUUAUAGCAGUCCGGGCUCUUAUGGUAGUAGUCUGGGACGGAUUCCUGAUAGAAGACCCGGGAGAACUCCUCGGGUUGUUUCCUCUUAGACCCCUAUCAGAAACAUGAGUUGGGUCCUAGGAAACUGCAGACAUCUUAUACAGUCGUGAAGCAGUGGUCUGUUUUUGGAAUCUGCUCAUCUCUUAGCUUCCUUGAACAGUUUAUACUACCCAGCCAUCAUGGUCACUUUGAUUCGUCGGGUAUCCUCCAUCUUCACGCUCCAGAACAAGUGAAGAAAGUUCCCAUAGACGGCGCCAAAUUGAUUCUGUUCGGAAUCUGAGUCAGAUGAAGGCCGGAUGAGCUGUUGUUGACGUUGAUGGAGGGGGGGGGGGGCGACUGAGACACCUUUCUCAUAUGCGCUUACAAUAAUGGACUCCCACAUGGUGCUGACGGACGACGAUGACUGAGCCGACGGUACCUGAGCUCUGCUCAUACUCAGACAAGCACAUGGGCGUUAGAGGUCAAAAACCAAGGAAAAAGUCCCCGGAGCAGGCCCUCCGACGGUCAAGUCAGGUACUUUUUCCCCAGAAGGACAGUGUACGAAGGAGAAAGAAAGUAGAAGACAAGUGCGAAUGUGCGAGAGAGCAUCCCUACGCAAGAGAGAAGACUUCCCAUUUUAUAUGACAGUAUGUACCUUCUAGAGCCUGACUGAUGUUAGAGAAUGUUGGGUGUCAGGACUUGUCGGGUGAUGGGGGACACACGACAUCCUCCUAUAGACUGAAGAAGGUUCCAUUCGUAGGUGACCGUAGACCAUUAGAAUAUUCCCUAAUAUUCAGCAGUUAUUCUCUGAUAAGCGGUUACGAUUCCCUGACUUUGUUGUCGUGUAACACCUCUUGCCCCGACCUUCUGGCCCGACCGAGAAUGAAUAGGGCAGCUAAGGUUGUUCUGUUGGGUAUAACACCUGACCUAAAUCUUGAGGGGCCGAGAGCUAUGGUGAGAUCAUCAAGGAGCAGACCGGGAGUUGACCGACCGGGAUUUAGCUCACUGAGAGAACCAGACCUGGAUAUAACCAAGGCGCAAUAACCUGAUCAGUUAGAUCCAGGUCAGAUAUUACCCCGACUGCUUCCCAUAUCUUGGACCCAGGUGCUUCAGAUUUUGGAUCUCGGACUGUGAUAACCCGACUAGGAAUCAAGUGGCUGACGUAAUCCCACGACCCUACUUAUCCUUUCCUAACCGCCAACUGCCACGCCCCCUUGACUUUUGACUGUCACGUCCCCUUAACUUCUGAUUCUUGACUUCUGACUGUCACGUUCCCUUAACUUCUAACUGCCACGUCCCCUUGACUUUUGACUGUUAUGACUUUAUCGGACCUCACCAUUAUGCACCGUAUCAAACAUGUUAGUUGGAACUACAUAAAAUUGACUACAUAGAUCUCUCUCCAUUAAAGUAUAUGCAAGACAAUAUUUAUUAUUAGUAAUAUCCAAAUAUCUUAAAUCAAACAUAUUAUCUUAAUUGUAGUUUUCUUUGGUCACCCUCUACCACUCACCUUCAACUCUAAUCAAUUCAACUAACUUAAUUAUAGAAUUGAUUGCUUGUCUACAAACAAUUAUUACCAUUUCAUUCAAUUUUAUCUGAUUCAUCAUCUGUCUAAGCACUUAAUUACUUACCUGAUAAUAAUAUUUUUGAUUUUUUUUAUAACCUCACACAUCCAUCUUUACCCUCCACCUUUAAUUCUCGAUGUAAAUUGUAAUUUUUUUUUUUCUUUUAGCAGGUUUAGUCAUUAAUGCAUCUCACUUAUCAAUUAUACUUCCAAAUUAUAAUUUAUUGGCCACUGUCCUUAUAUACCAGAACUGACAAGCAACGAUCUCAAUUAAAGUGAAGUCAGUUAGACAAAUCUUAUUCUAGCAUUAUACUCUAAUUGUAUUAGAUAGAGUUCUCUUUUAUCUCCUCUUCCUUGCACACCUUCAAUCCUAAUUAUAUUGAUUGAACUUGCUGGUAUUUCAUAUCAGCAUAUUUUACAAUUUUAUCAUCGAUUAGAGUUGCACUUAAUUGCUAUUGGACACAUUUAUCUUGUCUUGUAAUUCACAAAUUCAUCUUAGCAUAGUUUAUCUUUGUUGCAUUGACUUUAUGUUUGCAUUUUUCUUAAGCACCCUCACCCGUAAAGUAUGGUUAGCGAUACAAUUUAUGCAUUUAGCUAAGGUGCAGUUGACAAAUGCACAAGACUUUAGAAACUCAUCUCCAUUUUGACUGCUUAAUUUGUAUCUGUAAUCAAAAUAUCAAAAUAUCAAAAAAAAAUUAAUUGCAAGGGUUCCUUUCCUAAUCAAUUAAUUUUAUCCACAUUUUUAUCAUUAUACUGAUGAUAAAAAUCACAAAUUCCUUCACGAAACAUGAUUUUUAGGAAUUGCCUAUUUAACUAGGAACAAUGCAUGCACUCCUUCCAAUCAAAGGAGUAAAUCCUCCUAAGUUACAUAAAGUAGCAACAUAUACAACAAUACCGCUCAAUUAUUCUAUGGUCAUAAUAUAUACUCAAUGCUAAAGUUAACUCUUCCUCGUUGUCAUUCUCUCUUUUGCUCUUAUCUUCCUCUUGUUUUCUCUUCCCUCUUCUUCCUCGCAUUCACCACCAAACUGAGAACGUGAAGACUGCACUGGUACUACCAUGGCCACUAACAUCAUUUAAUGAUCCUCAAUUCCUGUUUCUACCAGAUAUGGAAAAUAUGUGGAAUAAUAUAAGAAUGUUUUCUCUCAAACAUGUCAUUCCAUGGAAUUCAAAUAACUAAAGGUUAGCAACUAUAUCUUACACUAAAUCACUCUAUAACAUGCCAUCUCCUCGAUUGCAAAAGAAGAAUCCUCAGCAUCUCCUUGUGCAUUGCUCUGCCAAAGCUCUGUGCUAUCCUCUCUUGGUUAUGGUUGUCGAAAAUGGGAGACAAACUGUAUCUUCGCUCUUGGUCUCUCUCCCUCCUCGCUUGGCCUCUGGUGGCACACUGUACACUAACACAUGAAGGAAAAAAAGCUAAGACCUUUCCUUCACAGUACUGUUGAUUUAAAUCAUGAUGGCAGGGAUAAACAUGGAGCCUCCUAAUUCAAUAAUAGAAUUUAAUCUCCAUAAAUAGUUGGGAUAAACAUGGUUGAUUAUGCUCUUAUAAUUCAUAUAAAAAAAUUAACAUCCAAAAAUUAUUUUACGUAGUAACUAAAAAUUCUUUUACUGGUCAGUUCCUAUUACAAGUUUGUUGAUUUGCAAAUGUGCAUUAUGAACUUAAUUGUUCAUCAAAGGACAUUGUUCCGACGAAUUUCGCUAGCUUUGAUAUUUCUGGCCUAUCUUUCCAACAGAUUCUUGAUAACGGUUAUGCCUACAGACUUGAAGGGGAUGUGUAUUUUUCUGUUGACAAAUUCCCUGCUUGGUCGACUAUCUGGACGGAAAUUAGAAGAUAAUCGAUCGGGAGAAAGGGUUGCUGUGGAUUCGAGAAGGAUAAAUCCUGCUGACUUUGCUCUAUGGAAGUCUUCCAAGGAUGGCGAACCAUAUUGGGAGAGCCCGUGGGGACCAGGAAGGCCAGGAUGGCACAUAGAAUGCAGCGCGAUGAGUUCGACAUAUCUUGGUUAUAUGUUCGACAUACAUGGUGGAGGGAUGGACCUUGUGUUUCCCCACCACGAGAACGAAAUUGCCCAGAGCUGUGCUGCUUGUAGCAAGAGCAGCAUAGCCUAUUCGGUACACAAUGGAUUUGUCACUGUAAAUGAGGAAAAAAUGUCUAAGUCACUGAAAAAUUUCUUCACCAUUCGCGAGGUCUUAGAGCUUUACCACCCAUUGGCUUUGAGGUUCUUCCUAAUUGGUACUCAUUACCGGUCUCCAAUUAACUACUCGACAGCACAUCUUGAUGUUGCUUCUGAUCGACUGUAUUAUAUCUAUCAAAGCCUUCUGGAUUGUGAAGAAGCUUUACACCAGCAAGCCCGUCUUAGUGAUUCUCUACCACCAGAAACUCUUCAAUGCAUCGAUAAACUUCAUCUUGAUUUUGAGAGUUCAAUGUCAGAUGAUCUGCACACUCCUGUCGCAUUGGCUUCGAUCUCUGAACCUCUUAGAAUAAUCAAUGAGCUUCUGCACACAAAGAAGGGUAGGAAGCAAGAACUGAGAAUGGAGUCUCUUUCUGCUCUGCAAAAGGGAAUCAGUAAUAUUUUGAGUGUUCUUGGAUUAGUUCCUUCAAAUUUUUCUGAGAUAUUACAAGAGCUGAGGGAGAAGGCUCUGAAAAGAGCAGAAAUCACAGAAGAUGAACUGCUGCAAAAGAUUGAAGAAAGGACAUCGGCGAGGAAAAAUAAGCAAUACGAGAGAUCCGAUGAGAUCAGGAAAGAGCUAUCUACCAUCGGAAUCGCUCUCAUGGAUAGCCCCGAUGGAACAAGUUGGAGGCCUACCGUCCCACAAAGUGUCGAGGAGCAUGCGAAUGUAACAUGAUUGCAUUCUUUUCUCAGGCAUUCACCGAAGUAGCUUCUUUUUUGUUUUUUUUCCUGCUCUCAGAACUGGCCAAUUAAACAUAGAAAUGUAAUUCUUUUUUGAAGUUAUUGUUUCAUGUAUCCAAACACCAUAAAACAUGAAUAAUUUGACUCAAGAAACCACCUUCCUUA